AGGCACGACGCGGUGAGGCCCUCUGCGGUCCCUCCCAUGUGCCCAUGAGCCCAUGCCAUUCCAUUCCGGUGCAUGCAGCGAUGCAGGAGAGACGAUAGACUAGCUAGACGAGGAAAACGCUGUUGGGAGCUGCCAUUGCUAAGCAAGCACGGCCCGAUCCGAAGCAGCCACCCCACGACGCGGCGUGAGCAGUUCGAUGUUCAUUCCCCAUCGUCCUCUGUUCCCUCCUCUUCCCAGGCCUACUAAUUGCACGCGCAACGCUCCAUCUCGCCUUCUCCACAACCACAACCACCGUCACGGUGCAUACCAGCUCAAUGGAGUGGGAACCCGAUGAGCAGCAUCUCGGUGACCUCGGGGUCACCGGCAUCCGCCGCGAGACCCUCCGAGUUCUUCGGGCCAUCCUCCCCAGCUUCCUUUGCCACGUAUCCAACAUAUUCAUCUUCCUUGCCCACGUCGCCGGAUGCGUCACGGUCUUCUCCAGCCUCGUCUCCGGCGACCUUUCGAGACUUCUCCAUCUCUUCUUCUCCCCGGCCUUCUUCUACUUCCUCUGCGAUUUCGCCGUCAUGGAAGGGUACGACAUGCUGUUCGUGCUCUCAGUCGCCUCCUUCUACCGCAACAAGGGCGCCGACCACCGGGCGGGGCCCAUGGCCAUCCCACGCCUCCUUAGACGCAUAAAUCGCGACCAGCGCCUCCGGCACUGCGCCACCUUCUUGCUGGCUGUCACCGCCUUCGGAGGUUACACCGCCGUCUUCGGGUCCGCCUGGCGGACGCUCCGCCUGCUCCAUGCUCCGGGUGAGAUCGUCCUGCCGCUGCGACUGCUAGGCGGGGCCGCGUGCAUCGCCGGGGUGGUGUACCUCGCCGUGCUGCUCCGCAUGGCCUGCGUGGUGUCGCUGCUCGAGAACGCCAGCGGGUUCGGCGCCUUGUGCAGGAGCCGCGAGCUCCUCGCCGGAAAGUUCUGGGCGGCGGCCACCGUCUUCGCUGUGCUUGAUGGCUGCUUCGUAGCGAUGCUGAUGGCCUUCCCGACGGUGACGGUGGAGGACGCGAUGGGCGGCAUGGGCCUCGGCCAGUUUGCUGCGGUGGCGAUGAUGACAGCAAUAUUGUGCGUGGUCAUGACUGGGACGCUGGUGGCGCAGCCCGUGGUCUACCUCGUGUGCAAGAACUACCACCAUAACCCAAGAACACUACUGGAGGUUUGAUGACUGACAUCGUCGGCGACAAUGGUGGCGUGAAGCAAAGCCUGUCGUAGAGCCGCGGAGCUGCAUCCUGCAAAGCCUGGUAGUAAUGCUAAUUAAUUAAGUUGUCUUUCUACUGGCCAAUUAAGUUUUUCUUCGGUGAAACUAGACAAUUCAGUAAGUUGCUCCCGGCAGCUACCUACUAUUUGUAUUGCUAGUUGUGGAACUAUGCGCUUGGUAUUGGGUAUGUGUGUUUAUGCUUGGAUGUAUUUGGUUUGCUAUUGGAUAUGUGUGUGAGUUAAUCUGUAGUACUACUGCAAUUCUUGAGAGAAUCUAACUGUUACAGAUUAUGUGCAUUGGGAGGAGCUGUAUAAGUGUGA